AUGGAUAUAUUCCAUCUGCAAUGCAGUGAGAGCCUCGGCUUUGAUUCGAUGUUGUCUGCGAACCACCUUGGCUCCCCGGUACAUGAUGCUCCCGGUUCGCCCAACGCCCUCACUUACGCACCGUCGUCGCCCUUCUUUGCGGCCUUCUCUCAGCCGUCGUCGCAGAGCUGUGUGGGGGCUUCCGGCACCUCCAGUGGACCGAAUGACGUGAUUCUGCCGAGCAUAUUUGUAAAAAUCCCCACCCAAAUCAACCAGCAGUACCAGCAGGAAACGGUCCGGCACCGGUCCCGUAAUGCCAACGAAAUCAAGUGCGAAGAUCGAUCGGAAGUAAUCAAAAGCGAGAUAGCCGAUCUGCGUUCGAUUGUACCGCAAGUGCUGCCAGCAAGCGCUCCCACGAACCAGCUGCCGGAUGUGAUCGGAAGCUAUUUGAACGAUGUAGUCGACAUUGCUCCGAUCGGUGAACCGUUAAUUCUGCGAUGCGAUUACUGCCCGUUCGCUACCCUUACCGAUGCGCGGCUACUGGAGCAUAAGCAGGAGCAUCACGACACGACGGUUGCUAGGAUGCUUCGCGCUAGCUUCGAUUGUCCCGUUUGCGAGAAUAAGUUUUACAAGUGCCCGGUGCUAGAGUUACACUUGCUAGAGGACCACGAAAUGGCUAGAAACGAAGUGGAAAUGCUGAUGAGCCGUGGCCGUCAAACGGUUUACGAAGGAAAUCAUUCCGUUCCCUCCGUUCAACCGGUGCAAACAUCGUCGGCUACAACAGCAACAACAAUGGCAUCUGAAACCUCAUCAAACAUGAGUCGCAUCUACAUCAAAGACGUUCAGCUGCUCAAGAACCCGGGCGUCAUCGCGCAAGAAACGCACGGGCACGGUGGUCAUCAGUCGGUGAGUAGCGAUCGUUUGCCACCACCGUUGCCGCAGCAAUCAACUGCAGAUCUUUCGCAGCAACCGGGAACAGCUGGAGAUUGUCAGCCGUUUUCAGCACCCUCCUGCGAGUCGCUUUCGCACCAUCAACCAGGGCUGGACACGCUAUAUCCCCAGCCAGAGCCAGGAGCAACGAGUGGGGGAAGUAAAAUUUUCAUCCGCAACGUUUCCCUUCUGCAGAGUGCAAACUUUGCACCUUCUUCGGAAAAUAUGCUUCUAACGAGCGGUACCACGAAAUAUCGAAGUUUCAUGAACGCUGCUGCUGGUCGCGACAGUCCCAACAUUAAUGCGUCACCUCCGAUCGAGACAAUGAGUACCGCAAACGAAGCACCUGCAACGGUGCCCGUGGUACCGAGAGCCAAUAGAAUAUAUAUUAAAAACGUUGAUAUACUGCGAAAUCCCAUCUCUUCAAUGGAUGGUGGUUCUUCGUCAAUGAGACCGGAUGCAGCAGCAGCCACAGGCUCACAGACAGUGUACACUGAUGUCUUGGAAUGUAGUCGUGCGAGCAGCUGCGAAAGUGUCGUGUGCACCUCAACUCCACCACCGCCAGUGUCGGUAGCGGCAGCAGCUUGCAGUAUGGCACCUGCCACAAUUAUUCCGAUGUCACAAAUCAUGCCUCCGGUGACACAGCAUUAUGAACCUUCGUGCAGUCUAAUUUCGGCCCAGGCAAGUCUUGGUCCUGAGCUGGCUGUUACAUUCAACACAUCAGUCCAAAAUCAGCUCCCAGAAGGUACUAUCUAUUCCACGGCAAGCGGGUUCAGUGACCAAGAAUCUUGCGUUGGCCCUACCGCUGGUUCGCAGAAGAGUAAAAUUUUCAUCAAAAACAUAAGCGUCCUCAAGCAACCGACCAUUCACCUGAAAUCGGUCGACGAGGUUAAUCUGAUGACGUACGAUGAGCUGCAGUUGCAAAAUUUAGUUCCAUCAAUCAUCAGUGAUGAUGGACGGAGGCCGGAGCAAUCGGAUGGGAGUGAAUCACAACCCGCACAAUUUGCGGACAUUCUGAACAGCAAUGGUGGUGAUGAUGAGGUGCCCGAUGGAACCCUCAGCGGCUACUGCGGGCGUUAUGAAGUGCUGAACGAAGACUGUACCUUCACCGAGCAUCCCUUCUCGAGUGAGGCCAAGCAGAAUUCGGCUGAUGCAAGCAACAUUGUUAGCAGUGAAGGUAACGAAACAGCGAUCGAUGACUACGCCACGGAUGGUGACGAUUUCCAGUCGGACGGUUUCCCCAACGAUCUCAUACAUUUGCAACCGGCCAUACAACCGACGGAUGUAUACGCUACGGGCACAAGCGCAAAACCAGUCACCGACAGGUGGCCGCCAGGAGAUUCCAUCAGUUCGUCGUCACUUUCGCAAGAUGUACUUGUCGUGGCGGAUCUCGUUCCGCCCACGGAGAAAAUGCUGAAAGGAAAGAAAGAGGAGGAGAAAAGAGCGGGCGAAAGGGAAAAUGACGUCGGAAGCGCCCUGGUACAAGUGGUUGACUCAGUUACAGCACCUAAAGGAAACCAUGUAGACGAAACAACGACAUCCGAGGUCCAAACCAAUUCCACCGAUUCUCCCAUCAGCUCUGCUCUUGAGGUCGGCCACAAACGUAAUCCGCCGGAACGGUCAAGCGAUAGAUCAAGGCCGCGACUGUACGGUCGACCUCGCGGACGCCCAAAGGGAGCGAAGCAAACGGGCAUUACGAAACUGCGGAAACUGUACACCAACCUAACGCCUAAUGAGGAAGGUUACAGCUGCGACCAGACCGAUUGUGGUGCCCGAUUCCGGCAACAGGACUGCCUCGACUAUCACCGCAAGUGUCACGCAGGUGACGCACCGAACGGCAACGUUUGCCCCGAGUGUGGUUCCCACGAGUUCCGCAAUUGGACCACACUGCACACGCAUCUGUGGCGCCAGCACGGGAUCGACAUGGAAUUGCACGCCUGCCAGUUGUGCAGCUUCAAGACGCCCGUCCUGGCGCGGCUCCUCAACACACACAUGCUAAUCCACUCGGAUGAGCGCAACUUCAAAUGUGGUGUCUGUGCGAAAGCAUUCAAAAACAACAAACAACUUCGUAACCAUCGCCGUUCCCACCGUGACCCUUCAUCGGUGGCACUCGGAGAUGACGAGGGCACGGACAGUGGCGCAGAGAAGCCACCGAAGAAACGGAGCAAAAAAUCCGUCUCCACUGGCGCUAGCGAGUCGCAGCAGGCUCUGUCGCAGGUGAAGUGUGUUAACUGCCCGCAACUAUUUACCAGUCCCCGCCAACUGCGUUUGCACGUCGAAGCGAAACACCCGGCGACGGUGGCACCAAAUGCGACGGGCAAAUAUCGAUGUACGAUUUGCGGGUUGCUGUUUGAGACACGUUAUCAACUCAACAAGCAUUCGGCCAAACACUCGGAAGAGAAACGGUUCAAGUGCGAUCACUGCGAGUACACCACCAACGAGCACAACGCCUUCCGGCGCCACAAGAUGCGCCACAACACGAAAGGGGCGCACCUGUAUCAGUGCAGCCACUGUGACUAUACGUGCAUCCAGAGCACGACCUAUCGGAGGCAUCUGGAGCGCAGCCACGAAGAGUUAGCGUCCUCCCUGCUCUAUAAGUGUGCGAUGUGUGCGUUCGUGUCAAUAAGCGAGUCGAAAUACCAGGCACACCAGGCGAAGCACGACCGCGAUACCGGAGGACGGCAACAGACGGUUCCGGAUGGUCACGACGAUGAAGUCGAACAUUCGGAGGAAGCGGAUGAGGAAGACGAAAUCGAGGAAGAACACGAGGACGAGCACGAACCGCUCAUCGGUUCACAGUGGUCAGGAACGGACGGGUUGCAGUUGAUGGACCAGCGUACCUGUGAAAGCGUUAAUUCCGAUGUAAUGAUCGUAGACCCCAGAGAACCGCCGGCGCCGGAUAUCUUGGAACGGACCGUUGCAGGCGGAAAUGAGAGUACCCCGAUUCACAUCGUUCAGCAACCCAUCAUCCGACCAGCAAUGUUUGCGAACAAUCUCUCCAAAGUGGACAAUUUCUAUAGCUAUCAGCAGCAGCAGCAAUUGCUACAGCCAAAAAUUCUUAAACUGACUGACCGAUUACCACCGCAUCGGGUGUCGCCACGGCACCGAUCGUUGCAAGCGGCCAUUCCAUCACAAAACCACGGGAGCUGUGUUUCGUCGGAGCUGCAGUUGCUGUCGGUUAAUGCAGUUAAUGUCGUGGACAAUGGUUGCUACCACAACCUGUUGCCCGUCCCAUCGUCGAUUGGUGUCGGUGACCAGAAACAGUGCAACGGAGUCGGGUUAACGUCGGAAAUGGAUUCAUUUUUUGGAUCCGGCGAGGACGUUACCAUGUCAGAGGUGCUUGCGGAACCACCGUGA